CAGCGCCGAGCUGUGCGCGCGCUCCCGCGGAGUCGGAGCUGCGGAGGCUUCUGAGCUGGUCUUGGCUUUUCAGAACCGCCCCGGGAGUCGAAACCCGGGCGAUCCUGGGCCCGCGAGCCCUGCAACUGCGGGCGGAGGACGGAUGGACAGUGGACGCAUGGACAGACACAGCGGUGGUUUCCGGGGGCGACUGCGCCGCAGGCGGAGCCGGGAACCCGGAUUCCCCUAACCCUGCUCGCUGCCCCUCCCCCCGCACACUUUGGGGAAGUUUCCAGGCGCGCCCCGGGACAGGUCACCUGGCAUUUAUGAGUCUGCUCCCCAUGAGGAGGAAGAAUUCUGGAGGAAUGCCAGUUCGCCCAUCAAAGAGAAGACCGUGAUGUCUUCUAGUCUCCAACGUGUCUCCAUGGUCUCCAGCAAUACCACGCCAAACUUUUUUGGUGCCAUGGGAAAAACCUGAAGCACAUGGAGAAUUGCUUCCAUACCUGUGACCCCUUCAGCUUUGCGGUAACUGGUGCAGAAUAUGACUCUCCGAGUUCAGUUUCUCAUGCCGUCCUUCAGAGCCCAACCAAAGAACGCGCCUCCUCGGUGUCUAGUGCAUUGAUGACGGCCCACUUUUGUAUUUGUUUCUGUUGCUUGUGCCUUGCUGACAUCUUCUGCCAUCACAGGAUACCCUUAAAGUUUCCCAGUCAAACUCACAUGCAUAAGGACUCCUCGAGGGCUUGCCCAUGGCUCAUUAAACCAGCUGUUCAAGGGCUCUACCAUGAGGCACUGCAUCAAUUGCUGCAUUCAGUUGCUCCCUGAAGACACCCACAAACAACAAGUUGGCUGCCAAGGAGGCUCCCAUCACAGUCAUCAGGCGUGCCCCACGUGCAAAGGAGAAAACAAAAUUCUGUUUCGUGUGGACAGUAAGCAGAUGAACUUGCUUGCUGUGCUCGAAGUGAGGACUGAGGGGAAUGAGAGCUGGGGUGGGUUUUUGCGCUUUAAGAAGGGAAAGCGAUGUAGCCUGGUUUUUGGAUUGAUAAUAAUGACCCUGGUGAUGGCUUCUUACAUCCUUUCUGGGGCUCACCAGGAACUUCUGAUUUCAUCUCCUUUCCAUUAUGGGGGCUUUCCCAGUAACCCCAGCUUGAUGGACAGCGAGAACCCAAGCGACAUGAAAGAGCAUCACUUCCAACCCUCUGUAAAUAAUAUCUCCUAUGUGAAGGACUAUCCAAGCAUUAAAUUAAUUAUCAACAGCAUCACAGCCAGGAUUGAGUUCACUACUAGGCAGCUCCCAGACUUACAAGAUCUCAAAAGGCAAGAGUUGCAUAUGUUUUCUGUAAUCCCCAAUAAAUUCCUUCCAAACAGCAAGAGCCCCUGCUGGUACGAGGAGUUCUCUGGGCGGAACACCACCGACCCCUACCUGACCAACUCCUACGUGCUCUACUCUAAGCGGUUCCGCUCCACGUUCGACGCUUUGCGCAAGGCCUUCUGGGGCCACCUGUCGCAUGCGCAUGGGAAGCACUUCCGCCUGCGCUGCCUGCCGCACUUCUACAUCAUUGGGCAGCCCAAGUGCGGAACCACUGACCUCUAUGACCGCCUCCGGCUGCACCCGGAAGUGAAGUUCUCGGCCAUCAAGGAGCCGCACUGGUGGACCCGGAAGCGCUUCGGAAUCGUCCGCCUGAGGGAUGGACUGCGAGAUCGCUACCCUGUGGAAGAUUACCUGGACCUCUUUGACUUGGCUGCACACCAGAUCCAUCAGGGACUGCAGGCCGCCUCUGCAGUGGAGCAGAGCGUGAUGAAUAAAAUCAUUAUCGGGGAGGCCAGUGCCUCUACAAUGUGGGAUAACAAUGCCUGGACCUUCUUCUACGACAACAGCACUGACGGCGAGCCGCCAUUCCUGACCCAGGACUUCAUCCAUGCCUUUCAGCCCAACGUCAAACUCAUAGUCAUGCUCAGGGACCCUGUGGAGAGGUUGUACUCAGACUAUCUCUACUUUGCAAGUUCAAAUAAAUCUGCAGAUGACUUCCAUGAAAAAGUGACGGAGGCUCUGCAGCUGUUUGAAAAUUGCAUGCUGGAUUAUUCACUCCGCGCCUGCGUCUACAACAACACCCUGAACAACGCCAUGCCGGUGAGGCUCCAGGUUGGGCUGUAUGCUGUGUACCUUCUGGAUUGGCUCACUGUUUUUAGUAAGGAGCAGUUCCUCAUUCUGCGUCUAGAAGACCAUGCAUCCAAUGUCAAGUCCACCAUGCACAGGGUCUUCCAGUUCCUGAACCUGGGGCCUCUAAGUGAGAAACAAGAAGCUUUGAUGACAAAGAGUCCCGCAUCCAACACACGGCGCCCCGAGGAUCGCAGUCUGGGGCCCAUGUGGCCAGUCACCCAGAAGAUUCUGCAGGACUUCUAUGGACCUUUUAAUACCAGGCUGGCUCAGGUGCUGGAUGAUGAAGCUUUUGCCUGGAAGACACCAUGAGAGCAGAGAUACCUCUGCAGGCACCUGGCCCACUGACUUCUCAUUACCAUGACUUAAAAGGCUCUUGGUGGAGAAACACUGACAGCGUGAAGAAAAUCCCCAGGACCCCUGUCUUCUCCUCCUGAGACACCUGUUAAUUGGAACCAUUUAGGAGUUUCUCUUGCAGUGUUCAGCAGCUCUGUACCUGACCCUGGCUGAGCUCCUCCAUUGGAGUCCUUGGAAAGUGCUCCAGGGCCAGAAUUCUGCCUGUUCCCAGAGUGCCCAGCCCUGUCCUCCUGCCUCCUGGAGUAUCUACUUGGGUAUGGGGUUGGAGAACUCUGGAGUCUGAAUAAGCCCAAGCUCACUAGAGGUCAUGCCCCGGGCUCACCAGAACCACACCACAUGUUAUUUUCCAGCACACUUUGCAUAGAUUCCUAAUCUCAUCUGGGCAGAGAACAGAGCCUCUUAGAGGAUCAAGCCUCAUUCAUUUUUAUUCUUGUUCCCAAGUCAACUCUUCAACAACAUAUGACAUCAGAAAUAAGCUCUGUUCGUUUCAGCGUGUGCAAGAGAAGAAGAACUUGGCUUUUGGCAGCACAUCCAUCUCUGACCUCCUGUUCCGCCCCUGGUGACUUUAUUUAUGUUUAACAGAAAAGGAACACAUUUGAAACAGACUGCUUCCUGCCUUUGACUGGCCCUAGCUCUCUUUUCUGCCUCUUCAGACAUGAAGAAAUUCAGUUUAUAAUUAAUUGGAAAGGAAUUUUUUGCUGUUAAUGCCAGAAUAGAGCAGCCUCAAGGAAUUGAACACUUGGAAAAAAAGUAAGUGGAGCCUCCAUCAAGCCUUUAGGGUCACCGGAGAACUCGAGGAUGCCUAAAUUGUUAUUUUGGCUCUGCCUUCUUGUUUGAAUACUCUUUUCUUCACAUUCUCCAUCACGUAUGGCCAAACUUCUAUGCCCAUAUAGAAACACAACUCACAGACUCAGUUUGGGCUGUCUGUGGUAUGUGAUGACUUAGAAAGGAGAUUGCUAGGAGUUGUGUUCUUUGUGGAGCUGUCCAAGCUUUUGAGCAGCUUGGUUUGUAGUGGAUGAGCUGAAGGUCUUGUCAUUUCUUGGAAGGUCCUGGGAAAGACCAGAGAGACCGCUUAAGCCCAUGGGGCUGAAGGAUGCUCCCUGUGAGCCUGUGUUCUCAGGUCAGGCUGGUCAACCAGUGUCAGAAAGUGCACACACUACGUACCCAACUGUCACUUGCAUGUGUGAGACAAACUGGGCUUCGGUGGCAUGAGGAUGUGCAAUGACUAGGCUAUGCAAGAUCUGCUGCUGCCCACUCUGCCGUCAGAUAUGAGACACUCAGCCCCUUGGAAGGUUUGGAGAGAUCUGGGCCCUGGUACAGCCUGGGCUGCUUCUGCUACUAAAGGGGCUGUGUGUCCUGAAGUCCAAGUGCAGGGACAGUUCCCCCCACCCCGUCCUCACAACCAGCACUUGGCACAGCAGGGAAUAUCUGGCCUGAACACAAGAAUGCUUUGGGGAGAAAUCACUUCAGUGUGUGUGUGUGUGUGUGUGUGUGUGUGUGUGUGUGUGUGUGUGUGUGUAUUUAUUUGGAAUACAGAAUAUGUGUUCACAUGUGUGUAGGUGCUUUUCCUGAGUGGGUUCCCCUCAGCUCUCUUGUGACAAGGCUUCGCCCUGCACUUGAGACAUGAUGCCUUUAUGGAUUAAUUUCUCAGCCAGUACGCCUGUUAUUUUCAGUACCUAUUUUGCUACUCUACACCAACCAUGAUCACAGAUUUUUUCCUAUGCAUGUGAGUAACGUGUCUCAUAAUUCUGCUUCUUACAGAAGUAUUACUGAAGGUAUUAUUUCCAAUAUUAUUUGGUUCAUCACCAAUCUUUUUAUAUACACAGCCCCCCACCUUUGUGCCACCCAGGGCCAUCCAGAGACCCAGUUUUCUUUCUAGCGGCCUCACUCCAGAGGUCACCAGCAUCGCUUUUGCUCAGUUGAAGUUCUUCCUUGUUGACAGCACAGGUAGCAUUUUGGGUGGUGGCUGUCAAACCUGUCACUCCACGCCAAAGCGAAACACAGACCUAGUACUGAAGACACUUUGUAUCCCCCAAAGCUGCCUGCCGGGUUGUAUUAAACUCCAACUCCCUUAGUUGUGUAAAGUGUGAUACAUGAGUCACAUUGAUGCUGUACAUUUAUUAAUAUUUAACAUAAUUAAAGACAGACCCACAAAACUGGUACCUACA